AUGGCGGCGCCCUGUUCAAAUUUAGAAAGGGUAAUCCAUUUUCUUCUUGAUGUUUGUCAACGAUGUGAAGCCAAACGAUCAGCCACAGAGAAAACAUGUCAAGACUACAGAGUGCUUCUCCGACCGUGGCCUCCAAAAGUGGACCCAAAAAAGAAACGUGCCAAACAACAAUCAGCUUCAGAUGCAGUAUCAAAGUCUGUGCUUCAAAAAGAGCUAGGCCAACAAGAAGCGGAAGAGUUGGCAUUGUUGGAUGCUAUGCUUCAUAGAGCCCAGAAGGCAAGAGAAGUACAGGCUAAGAAUGAAGUCAAAGCUAAAAAGAACAAAACUCUUCCAACAAAACCACUUACUAAAUUGUCAUCGUCGGAUGUGCUGUCAGCAGAGAAAGCAGAAAAUUGUGUGCUAAAUAAUAAGCCCCCAAUUGGCAGUAGUCAUGUAGCUACCAUCUCCAAGCGUACAUUAGAUAGAUUACUAGUAGAUACAAAAUUACAAAGGACUGGUGCUAGUUCAGACAAGAGAACAGGCUCGGCAGCAUCUAAAAAGCCAACAUCGACAAACAAACACAGAGCACCUCAAUAUAAAAAUACUGUCAUCAAGCAACAUUACAAGACUAGCUCUUCUGAAAUCGGAAAGUAUCAGUCGAAGAUGCAGCCUGCAACACAAAGAUUACCAAGUUCAAGGUCAAAUUCUGCAGAGCAAGGAGCUGCCGCAGUCAAAAGAUCUGGAUCGUUAGACAGGCCAGAACACGCAGUCUGUGAAGGACCUCAGCGAUCAAGGUCAGGAUCACUGACUGAUGAUUCAGGCUGUGUGAUUCAAUCAAAUAGUGUUGCACUAAAAGAUAGUGCGACAACAGAUGUUUGUGAUUUAGUAGAACAUCUUCAGAUAAAAGAAAAUCAAAGCAGUGCUCCUUGUCAAAUAGAUUCAGCUUCCAGUGGUUGCCAGGGUGAUUAUGCGGACAAGGAUGACGUUGGAGAAGAAAAAGAAGACGAACCAUUCACCUUGUUAAAAGAUGGAUCUAAUUUGAGUUUCCCUGUCAGAUUCAAAAAGGUGCACUCUGCAAACCGGAAAUUGAAAGAGAAGGCAGCUAGUGUACUCAAGAAGCCUGUUAAAAAAGUAGCAUCAAAUCAUUUCAUCGACAGAUUGGAAACAGACUUUCAAGCUGGAUCUGUGAGUUUAUCCGAGGAAGAGCUGGUAAGAAGAGUUGAUGGACUCAAAUCAGAAUAUGAACAUCUAGUGCAAAUAACAAAUAUGGUGCUUGUCAAUAUGAACAAACUUUCAGAGCAAUCCCCAUGGCAAGAGUUAUAUCAAACUAAAUUUUUGAUUGGUGAGAUCAAGGCAAGAUAUUAUGAAAUGCAGGAAGAAAUACAACAUUUAAUAAUUGGGGAGCAACAAUUAAUUAAUGGAUGUCCAUGUGGUGAUUGUACAUAUGUCCAACAACAUAUGAAUGAAUUGUAUCAGAAACAUACACAACAUCUACUUGUGCCACCAAAGAAUUUUAAUGAAAGUGCAAUAAAACCUCAGAAUGGAAAAAUUGUCAGAGAAAGUACUGAAUAUUUAUUGUAUAACAAUGUUGAACAAUUGAAAAAGAUUAUCACCUUGGAACAUGACAUUGUCGUCUUACAACUUCAGAUACAACUUGAAAAGUUGGUUGCAGAGGAAGUAUUACCCAUACUUCAAGAAUUAAAUCCCAAUGAUACAAGUUACAUACCGUUUUAUCGGAGUGUCUACUCUCUGUUACAUAAUGGUGGACGUGUCUUCCCAGCAAUGAUAAAAGAUACUAUUGAAGAGGAGGAUGAGGAUUGA